CUGGUCACUUCCCCACUCACAUUCGUUUUCCAACACUGGCGGACGUGCACGGACAUUUCUUGAUGGCAACGAUUUUCUUCACCGAGCCCGAACUGGUGGUCGGCCAUGGCCGCAGGGUGCUGUUCGUGAAUCCCGACGACAUGCAGAUAUUCAAGGAGAUCGAGCUGCCGCCCGACCUUGGCCUGAAAAUGCCAGCCCAGGCCCAAGCCGAAGCCUCCUCCUCCGCCGUCGAGCAGGGAUCUGGAUCCUGUCCUCCAGACGGCAAGGAGCAACAGCUUGCUGCUGCUGCUGCUGGUGGCGUCAAACAGACGGAAGCCACUGCAUCCGGAUCAUCUUCAGCGGCAACCAUCAAAGUGGAGGUGCCCACAGCGGUGCAGAAUGUGGCCUACUCGCCAGAUGGACAGCUGCUGGCCGUGACCACCAGCGGGGGGCAGAAGGCGCUCCUGCUGUACCGCUCGCGACCGGAGAACGCCCGCCUGCUCUCGGCCCGCCCGCUGGCCCGGGCGGCCAGUGCCCUGCGCUUCUGCAGCGACAGCAGCUCCGUUCUGGUCACAGACAAGACCGGCGAUUGCUAUCAAUACGACUGCGUCGAGGUGGAGGCCACGCCGCGCCUGCUGCUCGGCCACCUGAGCGUGGUGUACGACAUCCUCUGGUCGGAGGACCAGCAGCACAUCAUCACCUGCGACCGGGAUGACAAGAUACGCGUCACGAACUAUCCCGCCACCUUCGACAUACACAGCUACUGCUUGGGCCACCGCGAGUUUGUGUCCGGUCUGGCCCUGCUCACGGAUCAGCAUAUUGCCUCCGCCUCGGGCGACAAGACGCUGCGCGUCUGGAACUACAUCCAGGGCAAGGAGCUGUUGCUGCACGAGCUGCCAGCCCCAGCGGUUCGUCUGCUGGUGCGACAACUGGAGCCGGAGAAGGUCUUCCAGGCGGCCGUGCUCUUCUACGACCAUGUGGACGCCCUGGGACUGUACCGCCUGGAGCGCAGCUCCGACGAAUCCUGGAGCGUCACGGCCACGCAACUGGUGCGCGCCGAGGCGGGCUCGUGGAGCAUAAGCAACUUUACUUUAACCGGCGAUAGGAUUUACAUCACCGGCGCGGAGAACGAGCGAUUGAGCUUGAGGGUCUACGACAUGGAAACGGGCCAGCGGACGACCAGCGGCGUGCCCGAGGGCUGGCUGGAGAUGGUGCUGGAGGGACUGGGCGCCACCGACGAACAUGCUCCACCCUUCAUUCCCGAGGACCUGUCCGUUUGGUUCAAGAAGCGCUUCGACAACGUCAGCGACUAUUUGGAGCGCAAGAAGCGGCGCAUCGAGGAGCAGCAGCAGCAGAAGUGCGGCUAAUUCUGGGGAUUGGAGAAAGCCCAAACCUAAAUGAAAUUACAUGAACCCUAAUCUUUACAUAGCAUUUAAUUAGCAUAUGGGAGAAGCAACGGACUAUGUGUGACAGGCCUGUUGGUUGGACAUAAUAUAUAUAUCUGUAUAU